AUGUCGUUGGUAACCGAAGAAAUGAAAUCGAAAUCCGAGAUAUUCCAUGGAGACAAAAUCUGUCAACAGAAAUCCAAAGAGUUUCUUGGAGAAAUUGCUCUCCCCAACGGUCUAUUACCAUUGAAAGACAUCAUUGAAGUUGGUUGCAAUAAAGAAGCCGGUUUUGUUUGGCUGAAACAAAAGAAAAGCACAACACACAAAUUUGAAAAGAUUGGAAAAGUUACAUCUUAUGCUACUGAAGUCACAGCCCAUGUUGAAAAAGGUAAGAUUAAGAAACUAACUGGUGUGAAAACCAAAGAGCUUUUCAUUUGGAUUACAAUCAGUGAUAUUUAUGUGGAUGACCCACCUACUGGGAAAAUCACUUUCCAAACACCUGCUGGACUUUCUAGAACUUUUCCAGUUUCUGCUUUUGAAGUUGAUGAGAAAUCAAGUGGUGUGAAAGAGAUCUAG